CCAUGCAAUGACUUAUGUAAAAGGUUAGCCAUUGCAGCAUUGGUUGUAAGAGCGAAAAGAUUGGAAACAACCCAGAUGUCCAUCUGUACAGGACCGGGCACAGAAACCGUGGUGCGGCUCCAUGCAGAAGCGCUAGGUAGCUGGAAACAGAGGAAGCUCUUUGUGGACUGAGGAAAGCUCUCCAAGAUACAGUAUAUUAAUCUGCUCUGGCUGCCAUAACAAAAUACCGGAAAUUGGGUGGCUUAAACAACAGAAAUGUAUUUUCUGGAAGCUGAAAGUCCAAGAUCAAAGUUGCCAAUGGAGGGCAAACUGAGAAGCUUAUUUUCCUGGUGCAUCUAGUUGCUCAAUGAUAAAUAAAACAUUAUAGCAAGCUGGUGGCCCAUCUCGGCGCUGGAGAGCGAUGCGGCCAAGCCGGUGGAGGCCCCCGAAGCACCCGAAGCGGCCAGCCACGCCCAUUGGCCCAAGGAGAGCCUGGUUCUGUACCACUGGACCCAGUCCUUCAGCUCGCAGAAGAAAGACCCGGUCUGUUGAAGAGCUGAGAAGAGAGACAAAGGUGCGGCUGGUGAUCGCCGAGAAGGGCCUGGCGUGUGAGGAGCGGGACGUGAGCCUGCCGCAGAGCGAGCACAAGGAGCCCUGGUUCAUGCGGCUCAACCUGGGCGAGGAGGUGCCCGUCAUCAUCCACCGCGACAACAUCAUCAGCGACUACGACCAGAUCAUCGACUACGUGGAGCGCACGUUCACGGGAGAGCACGUGGUGGCGCUGAUGCCCGAGGCGGGCAGCCCCCAGCACGCGCGGGUGCUGCAGUACCGUGAGCUGCUGGACGCGCUGCCCAUGGACGCCUACACGCACGGCUGCAUCCUGCACCCCGAACUCACCGCCGACUCCAUGAUCCCCAAGUACGCCACGGCCGAGAUCCGCAGACAUUUAGCCAACGCCACCAUGGACUUCAUGAAAUUGGACCAUGAAGAGGAGCCCCAGCUCUCUGAUCCCUACCUUUCUAAACAGAAGAAGCUCAUGGCCAAGAUCCUGGAGCACGAUGAUGUGAGCUACCUGAAGAAGAUCCUGGGGGAGCUGGCCAUGGUGCUGGACCAGAUCGAGGCUGAGCUGGAGAAGAGGAAGCUUGAGAACGAGGGUGGGUGCCAGUUCUGGGGGCAGAAAUGUGAGCUGUGGCUCUGCGGCUGUGCUUUCACCCUUGCUGAUGUCCUCCUGGGAGCUACCCUGCACCGCCUCAAAUUCCUGGGACUGUCCAAGAAAUACUGGGAAGAUGGCAGCCGGCCCAACCUGCAAUCCUUCUUUGAGAGGGUCCAGAAACGCUUUGCCUUCCGGAAAGUUCUGGGCGACAUCCACACCACUCUGCUGUCAGCAGUCAUCCCCAACGCGUUCCGGCUGGUCAAGCGGAAACCCCCAUCUUUCUUUGGGGCAUCCUUCCUCAUGGGCUCCCUGGGUGGGAUGGGCUACUUUGCCUACUGGUACCUCAAGAAAAAAUACAUCUAAAGCCAGGCCCCGGGCUUGGUGUCUGACUGUUGGUGUCUCUGUCCUGUGUGAUUCCCAGUGAGCUCUCAGUAACGCACCGUCUCAUGCACACUUGGACAGCCCCUCCCACCCCUUGUUUGGAGCAAUUCUAUCGUCAGUCUGAAAACAUUCCAUAGUUUAGGAGUAGAUGUUGCCACUGCCGUGAGUUGAGGCCACGGUUCUACUGAAGGAGAGAAAGAGUGAGUGGGAGAGAGAGAGAAAGAGAGAGAAACAAACAAAAACACGAAUGCCUUUUUUUUUU